AUGAUAAAUAUUUCUCUUUUAAUCCUGCCGCUGACUACAUAAUUUUCGGGCGGUGUCCAAGUAAAUAAAUCACUUCCUGCAAAUGUUGACAUAAAACGCCAAAAAGAGCAGCUGCAGUACCGUUUUAGGAAUCUUGGAUUUUACGACAGCAAGCAUGGACAUGACCAAUGAUGGGUAUAAAAGCUAGCAGCCUAAUGUGGUGUGAUUACAGUACUGUAUUAGCCCAGCAAAACAAGGAGCCUACUUACUUCUAUUGCUAUCAAGUGCCACCUCCGAGUUAUAACCACAACUGGACAGACCUGCAUUAUGCGGCCAGCCAUGGAAAUGUCAGAAGAAUCCAUGAGAUCAUUCAUAAACAUGGCACAAUAAACAUAGACAAAAAGGACUAUUACGGCAAAACUGCACUCUACUGGGCAGCCUACAAAGGCCACAGUGCCUGUAUAGCAGAACUAAUAAAGUUUGGUGCCUCUGUCAACGUAAAAUGUCGACAUGGUGGAACCCCACUGCAUGCUGUCGGAAGCUUGUAUCCAAACUGUGCCUUAUUGUUGAUCAAGAAUGGGGCUGAUGUGAAUGCUCAAGACAACUGGGGUGUGACACCAAUGUACCAAGCAGCUUCCAGUGGUCAGGUUGCAGUCAUAGAGUAUCUGUUGGCUGCGGGAGCUAAACUUUCCUUUAAAAAUAUGAAAACUGGUGACAUUCCUAAAGAGCUUAUGAAGUAUCCAGAAUUUUGUGAUAGGCUUGUGACAAUGUCUCAGAAUCCUAGUUCCCUGCAGCAGUUGUGUCGAGCAAAGAUCCGAAAUCACAUAAAUGGCAACCCUGUUCACAGGGUCGGAGAAUUAGAGGUGCCACGUCAGUUGAAAGAUUACAUUUUGUUGAAUGAGUUUAAUUGAGCUUUUAUUUAUUAUAUUUUUUUAUGGGCUUAAGUUAGUUUACCCACUUGUAGAUCAAUUUCAUGAUUGUUUUAAAGGAGAAUCUGUAAUUAAUAUUUAUAUUUCCAUCAAAUGGUGGUUAUUUACUUGGCUAUUUAGUAAAUGUUGCAUUGUAUUUAUUGCAGACUUAAUAUAUUUGUUAAACAUUGAAUACAGAUAUUUAAGUUGAUUUGCACUGUCACCUUUAACUCCCAGGAAAUGUUUUGAAAAAUGUGUAUAGCAUAAUGCCUUGGCUGAAAUAUUUUAUCUGCCAAAUCACCCCUGGGAUUGUUGAGAAGUGGCCCUUUAAUAAUAUGAAAUGGGCCUUCAUGUGCAGUUCCAACUGUUACAAUCAAUGUUUUGCAACAAAAUGUUUCUCUAGAUAUCUAAAUCAAAUUGUUUACCUAAAUAAUUGUGGAGUUUUUGUCCUUGAAUUAUAAGCAUUAAACCCUGCCAUUUUUAUCAGAAAUAAGCCUUGGUUGCCAUUUCCACAUGAAAUUAGCUUUGGUUGCCACAUCCAACUGAAAUAAGCCUUGGUUGCCAUAUCCAACCGGAAAAAGCCUUGGUUGCCACAUCCAACUGAAAUUAGCCUUGGUUGCCACAUCCAACUGAAAUAAGCCUUGGUUGCCAUUUCCAACCAAAAUCAGCCUUCGUUGUCAUUUCCAUCCGAAGUAAGAAUUGGUUGGCAUUUCCAUUUUCUAAAUUAAACAGUUUAUAAAAAAUGUACUCUUUAGGUUCUUAUCUCUACGAUCAAAGCUUGUUCCUUGUGACUUUUUACUUAAGGGGGCAUAUCUGUUUUAACAACAGGUGGGUCUGUUCAAUUUGUUAUUUAAUGGGACAUUUAUGUUGUUGUUUUUUAAAUAAUGGAUGUAAAUGCAAAUUUCAGUGUAUCCUACUUUUAUUUUUAAUUAUGUGUAAUUUUAAUUUUGGAUAAUUUUUAUGAUCUCAUAUCACAAUAAAUAUUUAUUAAAGUAAUUAAUUAAGCAAUCGUUAUUGUGUGGUAUUAAAUAUUCAAUUGUCAAAAAUGUGUUCUAUUGUGUUCAUGGACAUUGCUUGAAUUUUAAAAUGAUAAAUACAUGUACACACUUGUUGUAAUACCGGUAGUUCACUUUGUUUACUAGAAAACAAUGUGAUACUGAACAAUCUGUUAUCAAAUGCACCUAUUUUAAACUAAAAGAAAAAUAUAUAAUUAUGGUUGACUGUUUUCUUGUUGUGUAUUUCAUGACAAAUGUAUUUCAAUCACUAUCAUAGAUGCAUGUUCAUGGUAAUGUUAAUGGUUUUUAUUAGCUCACCUGUCAUGAAGUGACAUGGUGAGCUUAUAUGACCAUGUGAUGUCCGGCGUCCCUAUGUGUGUGCGUGCGUGUGUCCGUCAACAAUUUGUUUGUGUAGACAGAAGAGGUCACAGUUUUCAUCCAAUCUUUAUGAAAUUGUGUCAGAAUGUUUAUAUUGAUGAAAUCUGGGUUGGGAUUGUAUUGGGUCAUCUGGGGUCAAAAACUACGUCACUAGGUCAAAAACUUGGUCAAAUAAUAGAAAAACCUUGUGUAGACAAUAGAGGUUGCAGUUUUCAUCCAAUCUUUAUGAAAUUUGGUCAGAAUGUUUAUUUUGAUGAAAUCUGGGUUGGGAUUGUAUUUGGGUCAUCUGGGGUCAAAAACUAGGUCACUACAUCAAAAACUAGGUCAAAUAAUAGAAAAACCUUGUGUAGUCAGUAGAGGUCACAGUUUUCAUCCAAUCUUUGUGAAAUUUGGUCAGAAUGUUUAUCUUGAUGAAAUCUGGGUUGGGAUUGUAUUUGGGUCAUCUGGGGUCAAAAACUAGGUCACUAGGUCAAAAACUAGGUCAAAUAAUAGAAAAACCUUGUGUAGACAGUAGAGAUCACAGUUUUCAUCCAAUCUUUAUGAAAUUUGGUCAGAAUGUUUAUCUUGAUAAAAUCUGGGUUGGGAAUGUAUUUUGGUCAUAUGGGGUCAAAAACUAGGUCACUAGGUCAAAUAAUAGAAGAACCUUGUGUAGACAAUAGAGGUCACAGUUUUCAUCCAAUCUUUAUCAAAUUUGAUCAGAAUGUUUAUCUUGAUGAAAGUUGGGUUGGGAUUGUAUUUGGGUCACUUGGGGUCAAAAACUAGGUCACUAGGUCAAAUAAUAGAAAAACCUUGUGUAGACAAUAGAGGUCACAGUUUUCAUCAAAUCUUUAUGAAAUUUGGUCAGAAUGUUAAUCUUGAUGAAAUCUGGAUUGGGAUUGUAUUUGGUUAGUCAGGUGAGCGAUUCAGGGCCAUCAUGGCCCUCUUGUUUAAUAUGGUAUUGUUAAUUAUGUUAAAAAUGAUACCACAAAUUCCUGAUGUACAUUCUGUUUUUGUGUGAAAUAUCAAACAAUCAGUAUUGUUUAAAAUUGUAAGACACACUGGCAUGUUCUGUGACUUCUGAUAGUUACUUGUACAUGUUUAAAUGAACCUCUUCUAGUUUGUUAAUGCCCUGCGGAAAAGCAUGAGGGGAUAUGUUACACAAAUACCCUUCGUCUGACCUUCAGUUUGCUCAUAACACUUUUAUGUCUGCUCCUGUACCCUUUGACAUAUUUUCAUAAUUCUUCCCUCAAAUGUUAAGGGCUUUGAGACAAUGUGCAAAAGGCAUAAAUCUUGGUUGGCUCAAGACAAAAGUCCUACUUCAUGGUCAAACGUUUGAGCCUCAAAUUUUGUGUCCAUUCAAUACUAACAUGUUCUAUACCAUUUGCAGGAAUUUCAUAAAACUUGGCUUUUAUGUUUAGGUAAUUUAGUUAAUACAAAUGUAAUCAGAAAGUCAUGAGUCAGUGAUGCUGGCACAAGGUCAAGGUCACAUUUGAAGGUCACGAGGUCACUGUAGCUAUGGUGUCCAUCUAGCGACUGGGAGGUCACCGGUUCAAUUCCCACUGUGGCAGCAUUCUUAAGAUCUUCCCUCAUAGACACCAAGUACUGGUUCUAGGCCCAGGAAACGGACUGAAGAGCGUUUCAAAUAAGCCUUAGGCUUUCUAUGCAAUCGAGCUAAAAUAAAUACAUGUAGGUUUAAACUAAGGUCAGGAGUUCGAGCUUUUAUUUACAUUCCCUGCCUAUAUCUCUUAUUCCCUUUAAAACAUUGUUAAAAUGUUGACAUCAGUGAGAAGAUGUGCAGGAGAAAUUAGUAAGGUCACAGGCUGAUGGUCAAGGUAACAAUUGGAGGUCAAAAUUAGAGCCUCCAUUUUUGUGUCUGCCCACUUUCCUUCAACAGAUUUCUUUGAAAUGUGCCUUACAUAGUAUGGUGGAUGAGACAUUGUCUCAAUGUCCAGAACUUACGAGUCAGUUCUGACGGUUCAAAUUAAGGUCAUACCUUAAGGUAAUAAGUUUGAGCUUCCGUUUUUUUGUGCGCUUAAUAUCCUUUGAAGGAUUUUCAUUAAAUAUGACCACAACGAUACGGUCAGUGAGACUAAGUUCAGAAAGCAUGUGUCAGCCACGUUUGCUCAAGGAAAAGGUCGCACCUAAAGGUUAAAUACAAAUGUACUUUACUCUUAUUUUUUUUCUAUCUGUUUCAUAUCUCCUAUACUAAUUUUAAAAGUAUUUACUUGAAAGGGUAAUGUAAAUGAGAUGUUCAGAAGUCUUGAGUCAGUCACCCUAGCUCCAAGUCAAGAUCACCACUUCAAGAUCAAAAUAAUCUUGGUUGUAGCUUUCUUUUGGACUGCCUUGUUUUAUCACAGCCAGGCAUUUCCAUAUAGUUGUAAAAUACCCCUACGCUUAAAAAAACAAUAAAAGGCAAUUGACAUUGCAAUUCAUAUUGAAAUUUUCCCUGUACAAUUAUGUUUGUUGUCCAAAUGAUUUAUGUGACCCGCAAAUCCCAAAUAGUUAAGUCUCCUCUUAUAAUACAUCUGGGCCCCUAGAUAUUGUGGACACCAUUAAUAAACUUAUAAUUGUCCAAAUUACUUUUAAAGUUUUAAUUAAACACAUUUUUAUUUAAGUUGGUUCUAUGUGUAAUCGAGUGUACAUUGCCCCAUGUUUUCACCAGUUAUACCUAAGUACUGGUAAUUUACAGAAAUAUAAUUGUACAUAUUUAUUUAUUCAAGAAAAAAAACUUGUCAACAAAUAAUGUUGGGAAUAAAAAAACUGUUUUUGUAUCACAAAUUGUAGAUGUUCAUUUUAAAUACUAUUAUAUUAAAUGAUUUUUUUGCACACCUCCUGCAUUUUCUUUGUUGUUGAUUGUUCAUUGAAACUAAAUAUCUUGAAAUAUUAAAAACUAUGAAAAGAA